AUGUAAAAAAAACUCAACAAUGAGUUUAUUGUCAGCACUGCACUAUGUUGUAAAUGAUCACAGUCAGAGAAAACCUUCACCACUAACUUGUAACUGUUAGCCCUUUCUCGCCUCCUCUCACUUUUAAUCCCUCCUUACCUCAUUCACUGCUCACCACUCCCCCCUUAAUAACACCCCACAAACUUGGAACAUCCGUCUGCCUAAAGUAAAGUCUGAGAAGUCUGAAUUUGCAGGCAGGGGAAUCAGACAGGCGUUCCCAAAGGAUUUAUUAGUCAGUAAACUCAAGACGCACGUUUUUCCACACGGAUAAACAAGUCUGAGAGUGUCAUUCAGAGUGAAGACAGAGAUCUAGACAGAUUGUCCAUUUUGACAGAAUGUGGAACAGGUCAAGGAGCACGAUUCCUUCAACCAACAGACACUGUUUCUCUCUUGUUCAUCAGUACAUUCAACAUUUUAAUGAGGUGUCUGGCAACAAAACAGCUACCAUACGCAGGAGAUCCAUUACGCCCGGGGUGGUUAUCACUCAGUAUGUGAUAAACAUACCAGAGGGGAAAAGCACCCCAGAUUUCCGGUGCAGGCCGAUGCCAAUGACCAUCCAGGAAGGAAAAUCUGCCAUUUUUAAAGCAGUGGUUAAGGGGGAUCCAAAACCAGAAGUGUCAUGGACACGAGCUAAAGGCAACAUUUCAGAUUCUCAGAGGUUUCUGAGUAAAUAUGAUGAAUCAACCGGAGAGCAUAUAUUAAAGGUUUGUCAGGUGUCUGCUGAUGAAGUCGAUAUAUACAAGUGCUAUGCUGUGAACGAAUAUGGCAAAGCUGUCUGCACAGCAUCACUGAGCCUCACUGGCGCUAUAACAUAUGAAUCAGAUUUCAGAAAACUGUUAAGGAAAAGUAAAGUUGAGAAGGUGGAUGGAGAAACUGAUGAAAGAUUCUGGGAGGCAAUGCUGAAAGCCGACAGGACAGACUAUGAGCGCAUCUGUGCUGAGUUUGGUGUUCGAGAUUUAAAUCUGAUUCUGAAGCAACUGAAGGAGAAGAAGCGGGAGAUAGCUCUUAAUAAGACUAAGAACAGUGUUAUUCAACCUGAAGGUGAAAAUGAAAGCAUCAGUUCUAAGGACCUGUCAGAGAAGGACAUCAGGUCCAGUCAGUUGGAUGCAGAGGUCAACCUGCUUCUGAACGAGUUUAAAUUUUCCAAUGUAGACUUUGUCGUCAAAAUACAGGAGAUUAAAGCCCAGGAGCGUGAGGACGCCCUUUUUGAGUGUGUUCUUACACACCCACUAACCAGGAUCAAGUGGAUGGACUGGAAGGGCACCAUCCUGGAGGAUGGAGACAAAUACAACAUAUCGGUGUCGGACCACAAACUGAUCCACAGACUGUUGAUCAAGGACUGCAAACAAGAAAAUAAAGGCAUCUAUUCAGCAGUGGCAGGCACUAAGUCGUGCAGCGCAUGGCUAGUUGUGGAAGCUGAUAGUGACCCAACAUCUACUGAUCAGAAGAAACUGCGUAAAGGUGCCAUGGCUCAAAGCGAACAGAUUGACCUUGAGAAAGUGGCCAGAGAGCAAAAGAUCAAGUACCAAGAAGAGAUUAUGAAGAUUCUAUCAGCUGUAAAAGCAAAGAACGAAGUAGGACAACUGAGAAAACUGAAGAUAUUAACCGCUAACGAUAAACUAAUGGCAAUCGAUGAAUCAGAGGAAAACUUGGAUGCGUUCAAGGAUUUAGAUCCUGAAAAAGCAGGUCCGACGUUGAAGGCGAGGCACUCACAAAAAGAUGAUGCAGAGAACAGCAAGAAGACAGAGCCUAGAUCUGCCCAAAUGGAGGCUAGCAUUGUAACAAGGUCUAACAAUGCAAGUGGUGCUGUGGAAGUGUCUGAUUGUGAUGACAAUGAGAUGUCCACUGGCUCUGUCAAACACAGAAGGCAGAACCAAAGGACACAUCAUCUGUCUGCUCCACAGGAUGUAAACGAACAAGCAAGUGAUUGUGAAGGAGGUUACAGAGAUGAUGGUGACGACUCCACUGGCCAAGCUCACCAUCCAACCUGCUUAAAGCAGAGCCAGCUGCAGCUCAACGGUACACUAAACAAAGGUAAAAGCAAAGACCACAGUGAGGGUGAUGAGGCUCAACAUGCCACUGGCUCUGCUCCACAUCACAGGCGUAAAAGGCAGGGACCCCUGAUAGAAGAAAUGGUAACAGAUCCAGGGAUUCAGUUCAUAUGUGGAUUAUCUGAUGUCAGCGCCAUCAUUGACACAUCUGCUGAGCUAACGUGUAAACUCAGCAGUGAGGACUGCAGCGGAGUCUGGUUCAGAGACGGAAGACAGAUAAUCCAUGAUGAUAAUUUCAACAUCACUAAAGACGGCGCCAUCCACAAAUUAGUAAUAAUCAAGUGUAAAGAAGAGCACACUGGGAAAUAUCGCUUUGAAGCUGAUGGUCGUAAAACAGAAGCAAUGGUCUUUGUUCAAGAUCCUCCCAGGUUUGAUCCUGAAUACCUGACCUCAUUCACAGAGCCUCUGACAGUUAAAGUCGGGCACAACGCAAUCUUCAGACUGCACUUUGUUGGCCACAAACCCAUUAAGAUUCAGUGGUACCGAGAGGGAGAGCAGCUCCAAGACAACAACAACAUGAAGAUAGAGACAUCUGCGGGUCACAGCCGGUUGCUCCUGAUGAGGUGCCAGAGAAAAGACAUAGGAGAAAUUAAGAUCAAGCUAAAAAAUGAACACGGCUUCGCUGAAGCCAUUUCACAUCUAAUUGUGCUCGACAAACCCACUCCACCCCUGGGUCCUGCAGAGGUUAUAAACAGCUGUGCUACAUGCAUUGACUUUAAAUGGAGGCCACCAAAGGAUGAUGGGGGCUCACUGGUCAUCAAGUACAUGCUUGAGCGACAACAAGUUGGACGAAACACCUGGAAGAAACUCAAAGAACUUCCAGUUGUGCCCAGCUACCGCGACACGGACGUGGACCACGGACGGAAGUACUGUUACCGCAUCCGAGCAGUGACUGCAGAGGGUCAGAGUGAACCAAUGGAGACUGAUGAAAUGCAAGCAGGUACACUGGCGUUUCCUGGGCCUCCAACUCCUCCAAAGGUGAUUAACGCCUCUGACACUUGCAUCAGCCUGUGCUGGGCUCCACCAAGUAACACCGGAGGCUCACGCAUCCUGGGCUAUAUCCUGGAGAAACGCAAAAAGGGAAGUAACCUCUGGAGCGUUGUCAAUGCUAUGGAUGAGCCUAUCAAAGAGAAGAGCUAUGGUGUGAAGGAUGUCGUGGCUGGUAUGGAAUAUGAGUUCAGAGUUACAGCAAUAAAUGUCUCAGGGAUUGGUGAAUUUAGCAACCCCUCAGAGUUUGUUGUGGCACGGGAUCCUAAGAAGCCUCCUGGGAAAGUGACAGGGCUGAAGGUGACAGAAACAUCUUACAGCCACUUGGUUCUGACUUGGACCAAACCUGAAGAGAAGCCGGACCUACAGGAUGAAGCGAAAGGAUAUUUAGUUGAAAUUCGUCAGUCAAACUGCAUUGAAUGGACGCGAUGUAACAGCGCUCCCAUCAUCACAACCUCCUUCAGUGUGAAAGGGCUAAAGUCCAUGAACAUGUACUGGGUGAGAGUGAUUGCAAUUAAUGACGGAGGAGAGAGCGAACCAAAGGAGCUGACCAGCUAUGUUGUGGCUAUGCCCUCACCUGUGAGACCAACGUUCACAAGCCACAAGAUGAAAAGUUUUAUCGUAGUGAAGGCAGAACACUCUGUGAGGAUCCAAAUUAACUUUGAAGCAUUGCCACAGCCAGACAUUAUUUGGCUGAAGGACAACUCCCCCGUGUCAAAGAGAGUUACAAUCAGUAACUCUGAGGGCUCGUCCCAGCUGCUUAUCCCAUGCUCCGAGCGCUCUGAUUCUGGCAUCUACUCCAUUUUGCUAAAAAAUGUUGCUGGGCAGGAGACAUUCAGCACAGAGGUCAGAGUAACAGAUGAUCCAAAACCUCCUGGACCAGUGGAGUUGGAGGAAAACGUGCCUGGAACAGUGACAGUAACCUGGGAGCCGUCUCCUGAUGAGAAGCGUGAUGACCGCCUCCACUACUUAGUGUCCAAGUUAGAUUCUACCAAACAGACAUGGACAACAGUGGCUGACAGGCUCUUCAACAACAAGUUCACUGCCUGUAACAUAAUGCACGGGAGGGAAUAUCAUUUUAGGGUCUACGCCAAGAAUGACAUGGGCAUAUCUGCACCUUCUGAGUCACCAACAUGGUGGACAGAGAAGAAGAAAGAAAAGUUUAUCGUAAAUGUAAAAACCAGAGAGGACUGUGACCUGCGAUGUGCCCCCACCUUCAUCGUGCCGCUGAAGCUCCACACGGCACCCAAAGGCUAUGAGUGCUACAUGAGCUGUGCAGUGCAGGGAAAUCCCAAACCUCGUGUAACGUGGUAUCGAAAUAAUAUCAGCGUGAACACAAACAGCAACUAUUACAUCUCCAACACCUGCGGAGUGUGCACCAUGCUAAUCCUCUGUGUGGGACCCAAAGACACAGGGGAGUACGUUGUCAGAGCAGAGAACGGCGUAGGGCGAGCUGAGUGCUCCACUGUCCUCAGUGUCAUAGACUAAGGAACCAGGACAACACAAACAAUAUUUCCAAAUAUAUCAUAUAAAGAACGUCUGAAUUUCUUGUUCUUUUUUCCUGGAUUUGACUGGAAGAUACUGAAUAUUAUCAAUAAUAUUAUAUUAUUAUGAUACUGAAAAAAUGCUGUCAUUACACAAAUUAAACUGUGAUUGUUCUAAAAUAAGCUUGAUAUCUAAUUCCUACACGUUAGGAAAGAAUGCAGAAAUUCAGAAACCUGCUGACAGCAAAAUGAACACAUGGUGCAGUAAGUGUAACAGAGCUUUUUACACUGCACGUACACGUGUGUAACGAUACCAGGAGCUUAGAACGUGAAUGUGCCCUUUUCUAAAGCUGAUAGAUAAAGCUGCAGUUAUCAGUUCACAUCAAGUUCAGCUCAAAUCACAUUUUGCUUCCUAAAGCUCAGUGAAUCCAACGUACGCAACUCUGUGCUCUGCUGCCGUAGUCUCUCUUUCCAUGACAGCAGCACAUGGCGCUGAGGGCGCAGCGUCCAAUGGACGCUGGCUCUACCUACGGUCCACGCCUCCUCAACGAGAGCCCGCUACGGCUCCUCUGAACCUCACUGCAGGCGGAUUUGUAAAUUUGUAAGUUUAAAGCGGCACUAGCAGAAGCCAUAAGUACGAUCGCCGCUCAUUUUGGAACUACUGGCUCCUCAAAUACCAGCUCUCUGCUCGGACAGAACAUCGUGUCAUCGUGAAAAUGACUGCCAAGCAUCGUAAAGGGAAAGGGAACCACAAACCUGAAGACAACUAUUUCAAAAAUGAAGUUAUUGAGUCAGAAAUUCGCGCUGGAGGGAAUAAUCUCAAUAGUCCUAAUAAUCCCAUUCAUCCCGUUCUUGUGCUGGUUUUAUUUCUAAUGCUUGUUAUUGGGGGAGCAGUUGGUGCAUGGUUCUGUUUCCAGCAGCACCAAACUUUGACAUUCUUAACAGACAAUGUCAUUAGCAUGCAGAUGAAGAUAGUAACACUACAGUCUUCACACGAAGAGCUGCGAAAGUCAAGUGGAAAGCAUAUAUCAGGAAACUUGGAGACUCGCAUACGUUCCCUGGAGGAGUCCUAUGCACUGGCACAGAAGCAGGUGGGCAUAGCCCUGGCUACUGCAGAGCAGCUCAAGACGUCUGACCUCCCUGCUCAGGUGCUGGCGCUCC